AGGCCCGCCGAGAGCCCGCGCAGGAAGGCCCCGCGGUGUCAUGGCGCCGCAGCGUGCCAGGUGACUGACCCCUGAUCUGCCAGGGGUUGGAUUUCUGAUCCAUCCAUGGGACAUCGGCAAAAAUGAAUAAUAAACUAAGUUAUUUGUUGAGCACUGUCAGGUGUGUGCACAGGCAGGGCGCCCUGCUCCCUCCCAGAGCUGCAGCCACCACAAGGAAACACGUUUCAUGGACUGGCAGGGACAGGGAUGCCCUGGAAAAUGUGACCUUCAGGAAAUUAUUUAUAAACGUUUUUCCUUCUCUACACGGAUCACCUCUUCGAUUUGUAUCCCAAAAGACAGAUGUUUUUAGCACAGGUGUUCAGAUACAGCCAGAGAAGGGCACAGAGGAUUUGGUGGGCAAGCAGGGUCCCCGGGGCCCCUUGGAGCUUGAGAAAUUGGAUGAUGCUGAGACCUUCAGAGCAAAGCACGGGACAGACCCUGAUGACCCGUUCUUUAGCAGCCUCCAGAAGUGUACCUGUCCCUCUGAUGUACUGGACUUGGCUGCAGAGGCUGCUGUGUCCACGAGGCACUUUGCAAACUGUCUGAGCAAGGUGUGGAAGCUCUUCAAAAACCUGUCAGAGGAGCAGCAGCAGCGUUACGAGAAGCAGCUGAUCUUUGAGCACCCAGCUUUUGUCAAGCUCUGCCAGCACCUGCUGCAGGAUGCCAGGAGGGUGACAAGGGGUGACCUGGUCUUCAGCCUGCACGCCCUGGUCAGCCUAGGUGUUCCUCAGAACACCCUCCUUGUCCAGACUUUGGUGAGGGUGUGCCAAGAGAAGCUGAAUCAGUUUGAUAAUCGCUGCCUCUCAGUUCUGGCAACCACCUUGGCAGGGCUGGAUAAAGACAAGAAUGUGAGCGCUCUUCAAGCUGGAUUACAGUUAUUAGUGGAGCAACGCCUGCCAGGUAUCAGAGACAUCUUCAUCCUGCAGAACCUGAUGAAAUGCAUGGGGAAAGAUGCUCCAGUCUUUCUGAAAAAGAAAUUAGAGAUGGCAGUUUUGAAGGAAAUAGACCAGCUGACUUUCCUGAAUGCUCUGCGUUUGUUUCUGGCUCUUGAUGCAAUGAAUUACUGUUCCACACCAAUCCUGAAUGCCUGCAGUAAAAAGAUCCAGGAGAAUGUCCAGGAUGUUCCAUUUCGGCAGUUAAUUCUCAUGCUGGAAGCUUGUUACCACCUCAAGUACCACAAUGUCAGCCUCUUUGCAGCCUUGGCAGAGCAUGUGAAUUCUACUGCCUACCUCUGGGACAACAGACAGAUUAUCCUUUUUCUUUCUGCCUUCGAGAUGCUUGGGUUUCAGCCUAGUGAGCUGAUGGGUAUUUUUGCUGAGAAGUUGAUAGAAGAUCCCAAAUCCCUCAACUUUAAAAGCCUUCUGAGUGUCCUACGAGCAUAUUCACGACUCAACUAUGUUCCCAGAGGCCAGGAGCACCAGUUUUUUGAGGCUCUUCAUAGCUGCUUGAAUAACUACCUCCCUCAGAUAUCCAACACAGAGCUGCUGAGGGCAGUGUAUUCACUUUGCAUCUUAGGAUAUCUUCCUCAUCCUGCCCUUGAUGAGCUGCUGCAAAAGGACAGCAGGAAUGAACUGCUGCUGCCAGAUGAUCGUUACAGAGAUCAAAAGGAAAUGAUGCUUCACUGUGUGAGAACCUGUGUGGAACUGGACAGCCCUUCCUUCACCAAGCCUGCGUUUGUGCCCAUUGAGAGGUCCCCCUCACUGCUGUCCCUCAGCCUCAGGAAGGCUCGGGAGGCACUGACAGAACUGCUGGGAGAUGAGAGCAUGUUUGGGCAAAAUGUUCAGCUGCCAUAUAGAUACCACAUUGAUUUUGAAAUCAGAAUGGAUUCAGACAGAAAGAAGGUGCUCCCAAUAGCUGCAACAGAUGAUGCUGGAGACUCAGGUGUUCAAAGGUUGGCUUUUCUCUUUGUUCCUGUGUCUGCCUUCUGCCUGGGUACAACACACCCCCAAGGGAAGCUGGCUGUGAAGCAGAGGCAUCUGACUAAGCUGGGCUACCAGGUGAUUCUGGUUGCGAACAAGAAGUUUCAGGAAAUGUCAAAUGAAGAUGCAGUUAAUUUUUUGAAAGAAAAAAUCUAUUUAGAAAAUGCUUCCCAUGAUUCUGAAGUGACUGUGCAGGAUAAUAGUUAAAAUAAACAGUUUUGGUUUCCUGA